AGUGAACACGAAGUCAACGGCAGAUAGUGAUGAGAGAAACGGAGCUGACUUCCUUUAUCAGAGAGCUGAACACUUGACUAGGGAGCUGAAUGAGACACAUGCAGAGAUUUAGUUUGGAUUUAUUUUCUUUCUGUUAAUUAUUCUCAUCCUAAAUCUGACAGAUUGUCUACACACACACAGACAAACUCCUGCUGAAGCAACUGACAUCAGUGUGACACUAUUAAAAAGAUGGCGUUUAUUAAAGAGGAGACUUCAGACAUGAGGAUUGAAGAAACAUCAGGAGUUAAAAACGAAGAUACUGAGGAACAAACAGACCUGAUUGCAUCGAAAGAUCAGAGUGAAGUAGUGAAUGAAACGGAAGAGAAUGAUCAGUCUGAGAAACAGCACGCUUUAAUAACUGAAAAGACAUCCUCAGAAAAAACAGCUCAAAAGACGGGGAAUAAAAGUCAUUUCACCUGCAAACAGUGUGGAAGGACUUUCAGUCAACAUGGAAACUUUAAAGUCCACAUGAGAGUUCACACUGGAGAGAAGCCUUAUACAUGUCAAGAGUGUGGAAAGAGUUUCGCUCAAAAAGUGUCCCUUAAAAACCACAUGAGUGUUCACACCAAAGAGAGGCCUUACACAUGCCAACAGUGUGGAAACAGUUUCACUCAGCUAGGAAGCUUUAACAGGCACACGAAACUUCACUCUGGAGAGAAUCCUUACAGCUGCAGGCUGUGUGACAAGAGCUUCACUGAAAAAGCACAACUUAAGCUCCACAGGACAAGUCACACUGAAAGAGGUGCUUUCACCUGCCAACAGUGUGGGAAAAGUUUUCACAGAAAAGAAAACCUUAAAGUCCAUUUGACAAUUCACACUGAAGGGAGCUCUUUCACCUGCCAACAGUGUGGAAAAAGUUUUUACAGAAAAAGAAACCUUCAUUCACACAUGAAAAUUCACACUGGAGAAAAGCUGUACUUGUGUCCUGAAUGUGGAAUAAGCUUUAACCAAAUAGGAAACCUUUACAGGCACAUGAGAACUCACACUGGAGAAAACCCUCAUACCUGCAAACAGUGUGGAAAAUGUUUUGUUCGAAAAGGAAGUCUUGAAUGUCAUAUGAGAAUUCAUACUGGAGAGAAGCCGUAUGUUUGCCCUCAGUGUGGAAGAAGUUUUGCACAUAAACAAGCUCUUAAUGUCCACAUGAGAAUUCACACUGGAGAGAAGCCUUACACCUGUGAACUGUGUGGAAAGAGCUUCACUGAAAGAGCCCAUCUUGAGCGACACAAGAGAGUUCACACUGGCAAGAAGCCGUUCACAUGUGAUCAGUGCGGGAAGAGUUUUACAGCCAAACAUAGUGUUAAGCGUCACAUGAAAGUUCAUACUGGAGUGAAACCGUUCACAUGUGAUCUGUGUGGAUAUCAAUUUGCAGAAAAAGGAAACCUUAAAAAGCACAUGACAAUCCACACAGGAGAAAAGCCGUUUACAUGUGAUCAGUGCGGGAAGAGUUUCUCACACAAAGAAACUCUUGAGUGUCACAUGAGAGUUCACACUGGAGAGAAGCCGUUUACCUGCGAUCAGUGUGAAAAGAGAUUUUCAACCAAAAAAGUUCUUCAGUGCCACAUGAGAGUUCACACUGGAGAGAAGCCGUUCACGUGUGAUGAGUGUGGCAAGAGUUUUGCACAACAAGGAAACCUUAAAGGACACAUGAAAGUUCACACAGGAGAGAAGCCGUUUCCAUGUGAUCAGUGUGAGAAGAGUUUCUCACUCAAACAAAGUCUUGAGUUUCACAUGAGAGUUCACACUGGAGAGAAGCCGUUCACGUGUAAUCAGUGUGGAAGUCAAUUCAGCGCUAAAGGAUCUCUUAAAAAACACAUGAAAAUCCACACUGGAGAAAGACCGUUUUCAUGCGAUCAGUGCAGGAAGAGUUUCACAAACAAACAGUAUCUCGGGUUUCACAUGAGAGUUCACACCGGAGAGAAGCCUUUCCAGUGUGAUCACUGUGAGAAGAGUUUCACACAAUCAGCAAACCUUAAAGUACACAUGAGAAUUCACACAGGAGAGAAGCCGUUCGCGUGUGAUGUAUGUGAAAAGAGAUUCGCGUACAAAAAUACUCUUGAGUUUCACAUGAGGAUCCACACCGGAGUGAAGCCGUUCAUGUGCGAUCAGUGUGAGAAGAGAUUCUCUAACAAAAAUAGUCUUGACUGUCACAUGAGAGUUCACACUGGAGAGAAGCCGUUCACAUGUGACCAGUGUGGAAAGAGCUUUAGGCAAUUAACACAUCUUAAAGGACACAUGAGAGUUCACACUGGAGAAAAGCCACACACGUGUGAUCAGUGUGGGCAGAGUUUCACAUACAAACAAGGUCUUACUGUUCACAUGAGGAUUCACACUGGAGAGAAGCCAUUCAAGUGUGAUCAGUGUGGCAAAACAUUUAGUUGGUCAUCAGCUCUGCAAGCUCACCAGGCAGUUCAUGCGAAUGAGAGGCCACAUUCCUGUUCUGUAUGUGGAAAGAAUUUUUCAAAUCUGCAAAGUUUACAAACACAUCAGAAAAUUCAUACUGGUGUGAGAGAGCACAUGUGCUUUGAGUGUGGGAAGACUUUUACUACAGCAAGACAUUUAAGACUGCACCAGAGAAUUCACACUGGAGAAAAACCUCACAAGUGUUCACACUGUGACAAGACAUUCAAUCAGUUAGGGAAUCUGAAAACACAUGAGAAGACACACAGAGAUAAAGGUGUGUGAUCAGUG